AUGGGCACCGCCGCCGAUCCAUCCUCCAAAAGGCGGCUGAUGAGAACAACAGAUGAAGACGACGUCGUCGGUGGCUGCCGACGGGGAGCCGAGGACCGCAUCAGCGGCCUCUCAGACGAUCUCCUCCACAGCAUCCUGCUCCAGCUCCGGGACACCGCGGAGGCCGCGCGCACAAGCAUCCUCUCCCGCCGCUGGCGCCGCGUCUGGGCCUUCCUCCCCGAGCUCUCUUUCGGCUACGACGGAAGCGAGUCGGUGCCGGCGGCGGCGGCACAAGCGCACGACCGCGUCGACGACGCCCUGGCCGCCUACUCGGCGGCCACCGUGAACCUCCUCGAGAUCACGAUGCCGUACGCGUCGCCAACCGGCGGCGUUCACAUCCACACGGACCGCGCCGCUCCGUGGCUGCGCUUCGCCUCGGAACGCCUCACGGGCAAGCUGUCGCUCUCGCUGCCCUACGACGACGGGGCGCACGAGGAGGAGGAGCUCCUGCUUCCCCAGUGCGAGAGGGUUACUGCUAUAUACUUGGAUGUCACGUGCACCCUCCGGUUCCAGCUGCCACCGGCCGGCGGCGCGGUGUUCACGGCGCUGGCCACCCUCGAGAUAUCGAGCGCCGGCGUGGACGGCCGUGAGCUGGAACGCUUUCUGUCCACCUUCUGCCCACACCUGAAGGAGCUUGUGCUAAGCUGGAUCAGGAUCACCCUGCGAGAUGGAGAUGGAGAUGGAGAUCCUCCUGUCCUGUCCAUUCGAUCAGACUCACUGAGGCGUCUGGACACCAGUGCCAUGGGAUCAUUUAAAGGCGUGCUCAAGGUUGCCGCCCCGGAGCUCCGAUCUUUUUGUCCGUCGUCGUGCGGCCAGCGUGAUCUUGACAUCGCUGCCCCUAAACUCUCCGAGCUGCUCUGGAUCAGCCCUUGCUACGACCCGGCUCGCCACCGUUUCGCAGAAUCUGGGCGCCAUCUCCGGCGUCUUGUGACCUCAACCUCAAUCCGCCAUGCUGCAGUGGCGCUCAUGCGCCGAUUCGACAUUGUCGACGAGCUCAACUUUGAGGUCUCCAUUUCAGAGGUGCACCACCUGCCACACCCCACGUACUCCCUCCGUACCCAUAUUAGUUGUCGUUUUGGGUGA